UGUAUUCUUCGAUCAGACCUCGGUUGCUUAAUAUUUAAAUAUUGAUUCAUAGAUGUCAUACCCUGUAUUUAUAUUGAUCGACGAUCAGUUAAUAUCAAUUUGUAUAACCUUCAAUCAACGAGAGUAAUUGAAACCGGUGGAACUAUUUAUAAACAGAAAAUGCGAACCAAUGAACUGUAAGAUUGCCAAGAGGUUACGCAGUCUUCAGACCGAAGUAAAGUAUACGAAUAGGCAGCGCGCCAUUUCGGAAUGUUCUAAUAUGGCUUAAUUUAAAUCAGCAUAGUUCAGUGUCCAAGUGAAUGUCGGUGGUUCACCAUUAGGAGAAAAUGUGACCGAGCCGUUAAUUAUAUUUCUGAUUAAUUUUUAUAUUUUUGGAAUUAUGUGUUUUAGGGAAGGUUAUAAUUAAUACAACUUUCGUGGAGUAUGGGUUCUGGUGGAAGCACAGAGGCGGCGAAUCAAUCUGAAAAAGGGGGGACGGUACAGCGGAACGAACCCAGGAGGGACACAGGGCGUGAGGGACAAAAUAACCUUAGGGUAAGGAGUGACUCCCCAGUGAAUAACAACACCCCUCGGAAUGCCAAAACAAAAUUCAUCGUCAAAAAAGACGACAGUGUCGACUUAACGAACGAUCUAAACUUGGAUUCCUCUUGGAACAAUGACUCCAAAACGUUCCAGAACAAUAAUCAGGAAAAGCAAUAUAAUGACUAUAAUAGCAAACAGAAAAAUUCCUUGCCACCCCGACUCCCCGACCCCCCUGUAGAGGACCUACCGGAGACGUACGCUCAGAGGGGGUUCCGGGAACAGUACCGACCCAACGACCUCCUCCGACAGAAGACCAUCUACAGGGACCCGGACGAGUGGGAGCUUCCGGAAAAACGUGAAAGUGUUGGGAGUUUCGAUGUUUCAAAGUUUAAAGCUGCCAACGCCAAUGUACAGUCACAACAAAAGAGAGAAAUAUUUACUAUGACACCAGAUUAUACUAGGAAUACACGUCAAUCGGAAAAUGCAGAUGAUUUGUACCGAACUCCAACUUAUCAGAAACAAAAAAGCGUCCCAAAGUAUGAUAUUUCAGAAGAAGAAUUAAUGGCAGACAUUGAAAGAGGGUACAUAUAAACGUCUUUUUUCCCAGUCUUGACAUAUUUAAUUGGAAUAAUACCACCUUGCCAAAGUUGUUAACAAGCGGUUCAAAAAUCAGAAGUUGGUCAGAUGGAGAAAGACACGACAAGAGUGAUUUGAAAGAACAUUGACAAAAAGAUAUCUGUGAUUUUUAUGAAGUCAUUUUUAUGUUUAUUGCAAAAACACUUGUUUUUUAAAAACACAUUGUGUUUACUGAAAGAUAUUGCACACUGAUUCGACUUUAUUUUCAAAGAAAUAUUUAUUUGACUAUAGAAAUUUUACGCUUAAGGCACCUUUUCAUACAUUUUGGAAAAAAGUGAGAAAUUACUCAACACUGCAUGGAAUAGAAAAAUCAAAGGUUCGUGAUUUUUUUAAGUUGAUGAACCUUUAGAAAAAAAAUUUUUUUGCAUAUUUUCAAAAUACAGAUAAAACGGUUAAUGUACAACAGUCUUGUCAAAAAUUUUUUAAGCACUGAAUAAAAAGUUAAUUUGUCAGUGCAGAAACAUUGCUAUUAUAUACUUUUUGUUUUUAAUCAUAUUUAUUUUACACAAUAUCUAGGUCUUUUGUAUGGUAUUAGCAAAACAGUAAAAGAAAAGAUUUUGUUCACAUAAAUAUGGCAUCAUUAAUUGUUAUGGCAA